AUGAUCUAUCAGCAAUGGAUUAAUUCUUUAACAGAUUACAUACCAAAUUUCAUUUCACACCAUAUUCGACGUCCGAUUAAUCGAACUCAUUAUCCAAAAGAAGCUUUUAUUACUUUUACAAAUUUACAACAAAAUUAUCUCGAAUUACUUGACGUACUUCUUGAUUCUAUUCAUUUAUUUUCUACACAUUCAAUAAUUGUUUUUUCUAUUGAUUUUGAUUUAAUAAUCAAUUUUACACGACAUCCACAUGUUACAAUAGAACGAAUAUCACAAAAAGAUUGUGGUCCAACCAUAUUUGCUUGUAAACUUUUAGCUAUUAUUUCUAGUGAAGUGAAUUAUGGUAUACAACUUGAAAUUGAUUCUGUUGUUAAUUAUAAUAUUGAUUUACUUUUUGAUAUGCUUCAUGUAUGGCCAUAUGAUCUUCCAUUAGCACCUAAACAUCCAGAUGAUCCUAGAAACUAUAAAUACUUUAUGGAACAAUAUAAAGUAAAAUAUCGAACAACACCAUAUAUGCAUGGUACUUUUGUAUGGACUUAUCGAGCCUAUCCAUUUAUUCGUCAUGUUUUAACACUUAUGCAAAGUGGAGCUUUUAUGGAUGCUAAUUUUGAUGAAACAGCGAUGAAUAUUAUGUUAUGGAAAGCUAAGGCAAAUCAUACAUUAUGUAAAUAUGAUCCAUAUGGUCCACUUUAUCUUGAGAAAUAUGAAAAACCACAGAAGACACCCUUGUGUUUACCUUAUUGUGAUGGAGUCUAUCUUAUCUUUCAUGGUCAAAAAGACAGUUUAGUUUCAAAAAAUAUACUCGAACGAUUACAUAAGCUUGGUCCUAAUCGACCAUUUGUUCAAACACCUCAAGGUGUAAAAUGGUUCAAUGAGACAAAUGUUACUUGUUGUCAUUCAUCAGCAACAAGACCAUCGCCAUUGCAUCCAUUGCUCUGUGAAUAUGACAAGUUUGAUGUAACAUAA